AUGCCUUUACCCACGCCUCACACCAACUGGCUGACUCUGGUGUGGCUAUGCAUCCCACUCCUCGCUACAACUGAGCCGGGAGUCGUGAGGAUGAACAUGGCUCGAGCUCAGGACUCAUUGGCUCUCCACGGAAGAAGCACCCCCUCCGUCCGUCUAAUCAACGAUUUGCCUCGCAAGCCGGCUUAUCAUGUCAAUGCCUCAAUCGGUAUGCCAGGUCAAAUGGUCAGCCUUAUACUUGACACCGGAAGCAGCGACUUGUGGAUGUUUGCUCCGAUCAUGCGCUCAGCUCUCCCAGAUCGCGCGACAGGCAUCUGUGAUCUAUCGUCCUCGACGUACAGAGAAGUCUCCAAGGAACCAUUCGAUAUCAGUUACGUUGAUGGCACACACGUCACGGGAACCUACAUGCAAGACACACUUGCUUUUGGCGACUCUAUCAUGCUUUCAAACCUGACCAUGGCUAUUGUGGACAAAAUGGGCCAGGGCCAUACUGGAGGGAUGGGCAUCAUGGGUAUCGCCUCAAACGCUGGCGAGGCCGCAGUGGAGGAAGGCGCCCGGGCAUAUCCAAACUUCAUGGAUUUAAUGGUGGAACAAAAGCUCAUUGCCUCGAAGACAUACAGCCUCGAUCUAGGGGGUAGGGGUGCCCAACCAGGAUCCAUCUUGUUUGGUGGUUACGAUACCUCGAGAAUGGAAGGGAACUUGUCGUUUCUGUCCCUUCAGCCACUGGCCGGAAGGACUGCUUACUUUGCCGUUCCAUGGACGUCAUUCACCUUGACAGACAACGAUGGAACUAGAGCUGUCGGCGCUGGAAGCGAACUCAACCUUACGGCGGAAUUUGAUUCGGGCACAAGUAUGACUUACGUCCCCGUGUCGCUCUUCGUCCAACUGAUCACGUAUUUCAAUGCUCACAGCUGCCAUGGUGCCACUUGCCUUGUCUCAUGCGACGUUGCAAAUUGA